UUUAUAAUUGCAGUGAGGCCCAAUUUUAUUUGUAGAGUAGUAGUAGAGUAUAACUAUCAGGUUAAUGAACAAUUAUGACAGAUGAAAUUCCAAUAGUUGAUCUAUCAAAAUGCGGACUUCAGGUUGAUGAUGCAGAAAUAUGUGACGAAGCUAUCCGUGAUGUGGGGAAGAUCUUAUACCGCGCAUUUACGACAUCUGGAUUUGUCUACUUGUCAAAUCAUGGACUACCAAGUGAAUCGGUUGAUGGAGUGAACGAAGUGGCAGAGCAAUUUUACUCACUGCCUUUAGAAGAAAAAAGAAAAUUUUACUUCAACAAGGCUGAAUUUGGAUAUGAUCCAAUCGGAAGCACAAAGUAA